AUGUAUUAUUUUUAUAGUGUUUUUUUAUUUGUUACUGCUUGCCGAAGCGAGUCGCAUUUGUUUCACAGAUACAGCGGCAAGAAAGUUGAAGUUAGUCAAGCAAAGGAACUUCUAUUAAGAAACGCCACUGAAAAAUGUACCAUAAAAAUAAAGCCUUGUACACCCCAUGAAGGAAGCCGGAUUGAUGGCACGUGUAAUAACUAUAACUACCCUACGAGAGGCUCGGCGAGAGGUCCUUAUCUCCGACUCCUCAAACCUGACUACGGUAACAAUCAUGGCAUCCGCAUGAAUAGACAUGGCGAGCCAUUGCCGUCAGCACGCAAGGUUAGGACGGAAUUACAGACCACUGGGCGAGUCGAAGAUAGGCACAAAUAUAAUGCAGCCGCCAUUCACAUGUUGAAAUUUGUGCACAGAGAUAUCAGCAUCAUGAAUGGACCGUUGGAUUAUCUUAGACACAGGCAGUAUUGUUGUACAGAGAUUGGUCAAUCAGACCCACGGUGUAUCCCUAUAAAUGUACCAGAAGACGACCCAUAUCUCAAAGUGACUAAUAUACGCUGUCUCAACUUCUCUAGAACUGAAACUUUCCAAGACGCCAAUUGUUCACCCGACAUAAUACUCCCCGAACAGAUCAAUUUUCAAACACCAGUGAUAGAUUUAUCUACUAUAUAUGGAGUAGAUGAAGAAGCUCUUCAUGGAGUGAGAAAAUAUGAAUAUGGCCUCCUCAUAAUGGAGAAAAGGCAAAAUCGCUAUGUGCCUAAAAAUAUAACACGUAACCAACUUAAUCUAACAUCUAACAAUUUGUUAGAUAUGAAGAAUAACUUAGUUUCUAAAAUUGAUACAGCCGACGACACAAUAAGAAAUACGGCUCCUAAUAUGCUUCCUAAUUUGACACAAAAUAUAAACACAAAUCAAGAUGUAAUAAAUAUGACUGCUGAUAUGCUAGCUGAAAUGCUUGCGAACAUAGCAACGAACCCUGUGGUUAAUACUUCAUCUGAUGCAAUAUCAAAUUUAGGAACUAAUACAACAGAAAAUAUCUGUUUUCAGAAUAACGACACUGAAACAAUUUGUUAUCAAUUUGGAUUUCCAGAAGUAGGUAAUUUUGAUUUACGAACAACGGCCUUAACAAUAUUUUUCAUGAGAGAGCACAAUAGGAUUGCGAGAGCCUUACACCAUAUGAAUCCUUGUUGGAGAGAUGAUCGCCUUUUUAAAGUAGCUCGCCAGAUUAAUAUAGCGACGGUAUCUAAUAUAUUCAUGUAUGAGUUGCUACCCGCAUUUUUAGGUUUAAGAAAUAUGGUCAACUAUGAAUUAAUAUCGGAACAAGUAGAGCACGUGUCUGCAUACGCAGCUGAUGCAAUCCCUCUUGUUUAUGCUGAAUAUGAAAUUGCAAACCGAUUCUUUCACACACUUUUAGAUGGUAGAAUUAAGAUGUACAAAGAAGAUUAUCGCUAUAAGGAUGAAUAUCCAUACAGUGAUACACUCUUUAGAUCCGGUAUUCUUGAAAAAGGCAAAAUUUUAGAAGAAAUCACUCGUGGACUAUUUCAACAGAAUGCCGCAAAACUUGACAAUAUCCAAGAUCCAGAGAUUUCAGAAAAUUUCUUCGGUAAGCACCUUCAAAAGGCUCAUGACCUUGCGGCAAUAGAUAUCCAAAGAGGUAGGGAUAUGGGAGUACGUGGGUAUAAUGACUAUAGGCAUAUGUGUGGUAUUAAACCGGCUCAAAAAUUUGAAGAUUUCUUUGAUACCAUGGAAGUUGAAAAAGUGGAAGCACUCAAGAAACUAUACGAUGAAGUAGAUGAUGUGGAUUUAUUAGCCGGUAUUAUGUGCGAAAAUAAUAUUCAAGGCAUCGACGUUGGGCCUACGCUAUUCUGUAUCAUGACUAAACAGCUCCAGCUGUUUAGGUUUUCUGAUAGAUUCUGGUUUGAGAGAGGCGACCAGAUGCAUAGUUUCAGUUUAGGUCAAUUACACGAAAUCAGAAAGACCAACAUGGCUCGCCUCGCCUGUGACAACGCUGACGGGAUUAAAUAUAUUCAACCACAAGCCUUCAUGAAUGUCAAACCUGGAAAUAUGCCAGUUCCAUGCAACCACAUAGAAGGAGCAGAUCUAACAAAAUGGAGAGAUGACAGUUGUUAUAGGAAUAAGCACAGUCAUGAAGCGACACACAGACCAAUGAGAUAUAAAGACAAACAUUAUCGCAAAACCUCAAUGUUUUACGGAAAUGGCAGACAUGCUACAAAAGGAUCUUCUAACUUCUUUGAUAAUGUCUGGUAUAAUAAACCUUCAGAAAUAUAUACUUUUCAUGAAUCUACAAGAUAA